GGAGAGCUCUCCAAUUACAUAAAGACACAAUGUUACCGAAGGGCUGACGCGGAAAUCCGAAUUGAAUGUCUAGCUGGUGUGGCGGCAUGGAGAUAUGUAAAAGUGACAUUAUACACAUCUUUAUAAUUAACGUGUCAUAAUUUCAGGCACUAGAUGUUGAUUCAGGGCAUCCUAACUAGCUGGAGACAAACCCAGAAAAAACAGUGUUUUCUUACCUGACAGCAUUUGAACUAAACAAUACACUUGACGAAACCAUGUUACUCUCAUAUAGUAUUUUUUACUUGAUGUUUGUUGUUUUGUUUCUACCACUUGGAUUUAUCUAUACAAAGGACUUUAACGCGUUAUGCUCAACGUGCAGACAAAUAGUCGACAAUUUUGACAAGGGUCUUGAAAAAACAGCGAAUUACAAUUUUGGUGGUGGAAACACAGAAUGGGAAGAGCGAAAACUCUCCAAAUAUGAGUCGAGUGAGAUUAGGCUGAUGGAGAUACUGGAGGGCGUGUGUUACAGCAGCAGUUUUGAGUGCAACCACAUGUUGGAAGAAAAUGAGGAACACUUUGAGACAUGGUGGUUCAAGAGGAAAACAAAACACCCAGAUCUGUUUAAAUGGUUUUGUAUUGAGACCAUCAAAGUGUGCUGCCCUAAAGGUUCUUUUGGUCCUGACUGCAACACUUGUGUUGGAGGAGCUGACAGACCAUGCCAUGGUAAUGGCAAAUGUGAUGGAGAUGGAACAAGGGCUGGAAACGGGAAGUGCAGUUGUGAUAAAGGAUAUGAAGGGGAGUUUUGUCUGGACUGCAGUGAUGGAUAUUUUAGUUCACUGAGGAAUGAUACAUUCUCCUUGUGCAAAGAGUGUCAUGAGUCUUGUGUUACCUGCACUGGAGGAACCAAUCAAGAUUGUAAAGAAUGUAGGAAUGGUUGGGAGGAAGACCAAGAAGGAGCAUGCGUCGAUGUCAAUGAGUGCAGCAAAGAUUCAACUCCAUGCAAAGAUAACCAAUACUGCCUAAACACAGAUGGUUCUUUCUCCUGUAAAGCAUGCAAUAUUGGAUGCUCUGGUUGCAAAGGACCUGGUGCUGAUAGCUGCCUCACCUGUGCUGAUGGCUAUAAGGACGAAGAAGGCACCUGCAAGGAAGAGAACAAGGACGAGUCUGCAUUUAAUUCUGAAGGUGUCCAAACUGGCGACUCAACUGAAAAACAUGAGGACCUCUGAUGUCACAUGGCUUGGAUGCAGAAAACAACCACCAGGACACAAAAUUAGCCUAGGGACCACUAGUACCUGCACCAGUAGGAUACUAGUAAAUACUGUUAGCUCUUCAUCUGCAGUAAUCAUAACUGAAAGGCACUUAAACUUACUUCUCAGUGAGCAAGAUUUAAUGUGGUUUUUUAACUUAUAUGCUGAUUUGGAUGUUUUUUCAUUUUGUUUGUUUGUCUUGAAUAUGAAAUAAAGUCAAACUAAAACAUC